AUGAAUCAAGAUCUUUAUUUUUCCUUCUCUUGUUCAAAUAUUCAGAGAUUAAUCAAUAUCCCCAAUCAGCAAUAUGUUAUUUCAUUUAAAGAAAUAACUAUCAAUCUAUCUCUUAUCGAAGCAAUUUUUAUAUCCGAAAUUGCCUAUAAAAACUAUCUUAAAGAUAAAUCAUUAAAGUUAGUUUUGGAUAUUAAGAUAGAUGAUGCAAUUAUUAAUAUAAUAAAACAAUUGAUUUCUGGGAAAUUAAUUAAAAUUUCGAAAAACCUUCUUCCCGAAUUUCUUCAGCUAGGCAAUUCUAUAGGAAAUCAAGAAAUUAUUAAGUUCUGCAUCGAUCACAGCGAAAUUAACAUCAAUAACUUUGAUAUUUUUUAUCAAUUUGAUCAGAAAAAAGUUCUUGAUUUCUUUUUAGCUCAUUAUAAAGAAAUUAGUCAAAAUAAGCUCUUUAGUAUUGAUCCUCAUGCAUUAUCAUCAAUUAUCGGCCAACUUUUAAACAAAGAAACAAAUCAGAAUAUUAUUAAUGAUUUAUUCGAAAUUAUUAUGCAAGUCUAUGCAAAUAAUCCAAGUAAUAUUGUAUUUGAAAGUAUUGAUUUAAGUAUUCUUCCCAAAAACUGCAUUCAAAAGUUCAUUCAAAUCUUUGAUUAUAAAUUCAUGGAUAAACAUGUUUGGGAUUGCAUUGGAAAGAUUAUACUAGAAGACAAACAAGAUAAAAGUCAGAAACAUAUUGAAAAGCCAAUAAUUCCCGUUUCAAAUAUGAAAUUGAAUGAAUUUCCAAACGGAAUCAUUAAGAACAUGCCACUGAAUGAAAUAACUGUUACAAGUUCAUCCUGCUUGCAUAAGAGUAUGAAACCAGAAAACGUUCUUAAUCAAAACAACAGAAAAACAUAUUUUCAAUCUUUAAAUGAACCAAAUCAAUGGAUACUGCUGUCAUUUGCAAAGAGAAUACAUAUUGAAUCUUAUCAAAUAAAGUGCAUGAGGGAUUGGGGUAAUUGUCCAAUGAAUUGGGAUUUAAUGGUUUCUGAAGAUAAUUUAAAUUAUAAAAUUGUUGAUUCUCAAAGAAAUAAUGAUAUAAGAGAGAAAGAUUACAAAAUACAGCUCAAUGAAGCAGCUGAUGGCCGGUUUGUGAAGAUAAUUCAAACUGGUUUGAACACCCAUGAUGAAAAUGAUUUCCUUAUUGGCAGUGUUGAGAUGUUUGGAGGAGUGUGA